GGGCUCCGUGACCAAGCACGAGCCAACGUCCACGCCAGCCAUUGCUUCUUCGAGCAAGACGCAGAGCCAGGCUAGUAGCAACGCACGCGUGUCAGUACUCAGUAGUCAACGUAUCUGAUGCUGCUGACAUACGCGCAGACAUGAAAUGUGCUCGUUUUGUCGAGAGCCGAUCGAUGGCGUCGAGAUUCAUGCGCCUUGUGGGCAUUUCUGGGACUUGAAAUGUCUCGUUGACCUUUACCGCGCCGCGACGACGGACGAGACACUCUUUCCUCCACGGUGUUGCCAGCAGCCAUUCGUCUUCGAAGAGGUCGAGCAAUAUCUCGGCGUUGAUCUGCUUGCUACGUUCAAGCAGAUCUCCGUCGAGUUCACCACUGUGGAUCGGAUAUACUGUCAUCAACCUACAUGUUCAGCAUUCGUCGGCCCUGCUACCGAAUCUCCGUCGUACCAGAUAUGCCCCAAGUGUCUCGCGGAGACUUGUGGUCAUUGCAAGGAGCGAGCUCAUCCGGGAAAUCCUUGCGUCGACGACAUUUCUAUCCUUACCUUGGCAGAACAAGAAGGAUGGGCGCGUUGUCCGGGGUGCAAACACCUAGUGGAGCUCGCUCAAGGCUGUUAUCAUAUAACAUGUCGAUGUGGGAAGCAGUUUUGCUAUGUCUGUACGGAGACUUGGAAGACCUGCCCCUGCCCUCAGUGGGACGAGGGCAGGUUGUUGACCACCGCACGGAACUACGUGCAAAGGGAACUACUGGCUGGGCCUCCGCCCGAACCAGAGCUUCAAGAGAUGGUUGAAGAGGUGGCAGAAGGGCUGCGCGUAGAUCAUGAAUGUCAACACGCAUGGUCACGCCGCGCCGGAGGCGGUGAAUGCGGACAUUGCUCCGACUAUCUUUUCAGAUAUCUCUUCCGCUGCGAGCACUGCGAUAUGAAUGUAUGCUCUCGGUGUCGACACAACAGGUUGUAAACAAUGCUGUACAGGCGGCUUUCGGUUUUACGUACUAUACUGUCCCUCAGAUUAUCUUCUGUACAUUUAACAUUCCUGUCCGUACAGGCUGUACGCAAAGGUUCACCACCAGAAUGACCA